GUCCGCGCCCGCCCGCGGCUGGGUGUGCGCGUCAUGGCCGCCGGCACCGAGCUGCCGUACUUUUCCGCUUGGCCCCAGAAAGUUUCGGUCCUGCCCGGCCGUGGACCCACUAGCGCGCAAGAGAAGCUCUGGUGAAAAUCCCGGGACAGUAGAGAGAAACCACCUCCCAAACUGAGAAGGAACUGUGAGACCAAACAAUGACUCAAACAAGACCAGCUUGAUGAGGUGCCACCAUGGAGUCUGACCACUGCUGACCAGACAGCCACAGAGGGCUGAAAUUCUAAGCCUCUCUUCAAGCCCCGGCGGGAGGCACACGGCAGGGAAGGCAGACUCACCAUGGCGUCCACCAGUGCAGAGAGCCAGCUCCAGAGAAUUAUCCGAGAUUUGCAAGAUGCUGUGACAGAACUAAGCAAAGAAUUUCAGGAAGCAGGAGAGCCCAUCACAGAUGACAGCACCAGCUUGCAUAAGUUUUCUUAUAAGCUUGAAUAUCUCCUGCAAUUCGAUCAGAAGGAGAAGGCCACACUCCUGGGGAAUAAGAAGGACUACUGGGAUUACUUCUGUGCCUGCCUGGCCAAGGUGAAAGGGGCUAACGACGGGAUCCGGUUCGUCAAGUCUAUCUCAGAGCUCCGAACAUCUCUAGGGAAAGGAAGAGCAUUUAUUCGCUACUCCUUGGUGCACCAGAGGCUGGCAGACACCUUCCAGCAGUGCUUCAUGAACUCCAAAGUGACCAGUGACUGGUAUUAUGCAAGAAGCCCCUUUCUGCAGCCAAAGCUGAGCUCUGAUAUUGUGGGCCAACUCUAUGAGCUGACCGAAGUUCAAUUUGACCUGGCCUCGAGGGGCUACGACUUGGAUGCUGCCUGGCCAACAUUCGCCAGGAGGACACUGGCCACUGGCGCUUCUGCUUACCUGUGGAAACCCCCCAGCCGAAGCUCUAGCAUCAGCAGCUUGGUGAGCAGCUACCUGCAGACUCAGGAAAUGGUCUCCAGCUCUGACCUGAACAGUUCCCUAAACAACGAGGUGCUGGAGGGCUUUGACGAGAUGCAGGUAGAGCUGGACCGGCUGGAGGUACGGGAGAAGCAGCUACAAGAGCGUGUGCAGCAGCUGGACAGAGAGAACCAGGAGCUGAGGGCAGCUGUGAGCCUGCAGAAGGAGGAGCUACAGAGGGAGAGGGAGCGAGGGUGCACGGCCGCGGAGGACAGCAUUCACCUCACUCGCAUGGCAGACAAGCUUCAGAAGCAGUGGGAGGUCACCCAGGCCACACAGAACAUGGUGAAGGAGCUGCAGACAUGCCUACAGGCCCUGGAGCUGGGCGCAGCAGAGAAGAAGGAAGACUACCACACAGCCCUACAGCGGCUGGAGUCUGUGCUGCAGCCCCUGGCACAGGAGCUCGAGGCCACACGAGACUCCCUGGACAGGAGGAACCAGCAUUUAGCCAGUGCCCCAGACUGGCUGGCCAUAGCUGAGCAGAAGACAGGUACGGCACCAGACACAAAGGGGCAGCCAGAGCCCAUUCCCAAUGAUGCAGCCCUAGAGAUCCAGGAGUUGGGGAAGAAGCUUCAAGCCCUAGAGAGGGAGAACACCAAGGUCCAGGAGCUCAAUAGACAGCAGAGUGUGCAGCUGGAGCAGCUGGCCAAGGAACUACAGCUAAAGGCGGAGGCCCAGGCCAGCCUGGAGUGCCAGGUGAAGGAAAUGGCCCCACUCCGGGAAGAGCUGUCUGGAAAAGGGCAGGAGGCUGCCCAGCUCCGACAACAGCUGCAGGAGACCCUGGCCCACUUGAGCUGUCUGGAAAAGGAGCUGGUAGAGGUGAGGAGGGAGAAACAGCAGCAGCAGGAGGAAAAGGAGCUGCUGGAGCAGGAGGCCAGGUCUCUGACCCGGCAGCUGCAGUUCUUGGAGACACAGUUGACACAGGUGAGCCAACAUGUGAGUGACUUAGAGGAGCAGAAGAAGCAGCUUAUCCAGGACAAAGACCACCUGAGCCAGAAGGUGGGGAUGCUGGAGCAGCUUUCUGAGCAUCCAGGCCCAGAGCUGCCCAGGUUAGAUGAGAAGAAAGAGGAUCUGUUCCCCUUGAACUCCACCUUGCAGUGGGCAUGUGAGAAGCCAGAGGAGGAGCAGAGGGGCCUGCAAGAGGGACAGAUGGACAAUACCAAGGUGCAAGGGGGCAACCAGGAAGAGGAACUCCGGCAGACCAACAGAGAGCUGGAGAAGGAGCUGCAGAAUGUGCUUGGACGCAACCAGCUCCUGGAGGGCAAGCUGCACACGCUGCAGGCUGAUUACCAGGCACUGCAGCAGCGGGAGGCGGCCAUUCAGGGCUCCCUGGCCUCCCUAGAAGCUGAGCAGGCCAGCAUCCGGAACUUGGGUGACCAGAUGGAGGCGAGCCUACUGGCUGUAAAGAAGGCCAAGGAAACCAUGAGAGCCCAGGUGGCGGAGAAGGAGGCCGCCCUGCAGCGCAAGGAGGAUGAGUGCCAGCAGCUGCGGGAAGAGCUGCAGCAGUGCCGGCAGCUGGUGGAGAACCAGUGGCACCAACAGACCCAACCAAGUGAGGCCCUGAAAGCAGAAAAUGGCCAACAGGAGCUUGGCCCACCCCGAGAUGAUGCUACCAGCGAGCUGGCAUCCCAGCUGGCCCUGUCUCAGGCACAGCUGGAGAUCCAUUGUGGAGAAGCCCAACGGCUGCAGGUUGAGGUAGUAGACCUCCAGGCCAAGCUGCAGGCUGCCCUGGGUGACAGGGACAAGGUACAGAGCCAGUUAAGCGUUGCCGAGGCGGUCCUGAGGGAGCACAAGACCCUUGUGCAACAGCUGAAGGAACAGAAUGAAGCCCUCAACAGGGCCCAUGUCCAGGAGCUGUUGCAGUGUUCCCAGCGUGAAGAGGUUCUUCAGGAGGAGAGGGCUGGGGAGGCCCAGCACAGGGAGGAGGAGCUGCGUGCCCUGCGGGAGGAACUGUGUCAUGUGAAAUGCAGCUCCGAGGAAGCCCGGCUGCAGCAUGCUGAGCUACAGGAGCAGCUGCACCGGGCCAACACGGACACAGCCGAGCUUGGCAUCCAGGUCUGUGCACUGACUGCAGAGAAGGAGCGGGUGGAGGGGGCAUUGGCCUCAGCUGCCCAGGAGCUUCAGGCCUCCAAAGAGGAGGCCUCAAGGGAACGAGAGAGCCUAGAACACCAGGUAGCAGGGCUACAGCGAGAGAAGGAGAGUUUGCAGGAGAAGCUGGAGGCAGCCGAGAAGGCAGCCAGCUUGCUGCCUGUCCUGCAGAACCAGCUGGCCCAGGCUGAGCAGCGGGCUCAGAGCCUCCAGGAGGCUGCACACCAGGAGCUCGACACCCUCAAGUUCCAGCUGAGUGCUGAGAUCAUGGACUACCAGAGCAGACUUAAGACUUCCAGUGAAGAGUGCAUGAGCCUCAGAGGCCAGCUUGAGGAGCAGAGCCAGAAGCUGCAGGCCACCGAGGAGGCUGUGGGGAAGCUAAAGGCCACCCAAGCAGACAUGGAAGAGAAGCUGAGCUGCACCAGUAACCAUCUUGUAGCGUGCCAGGCCACCAUCCAAAGGAAGGACAGAGAGGGGGUCGCACUGCGGGAAGACCUGGAAAGGACCCGGAAGGAACUCGAAAAAGCCACAGUAAAAUUCCAAGAGUAUUACAACAAACUCUGCCAGGAGGUGACAGACCGGGAGAGGAAUGACCAGAAGAUGCUUGCUGACCUGGAUGACCUGAACAGAACCAAGAAGUACCUUGAAGAGCGGCUGAUAGAGCUGCUCAGGGACAAGGAUGCUCUCUGGCAGAAGUCAGAUGCCCUAGAAUUCCAACAGAAGCUCAGUGCUGAGGAGCGGUGGCUUGGAGACACUGAGGCAAACCACUGUCUAGACUGCAAACGGGAGUUCAGCUGGAUGGUGCGGCGGCACCACUGCAGGAUAUGUGGCCGCAUCUUCUGCUACUACUGCUGCAACAACUAUGUCCUGAUCAAGCGCAGUGGCAAGAAGGAGCGCUGCUGCCGAGCCUGUUUCCAGAAGCUCAAUGAAGCUGAGUGCUCUCCUGAUAGCACUGGCUCAGGCACUAGCCAGGGAGAGCUCAGCCCCACACUGUCACCAGCCCACACUGGACCCCAAGCCACAGGAAGCCAAGGAGCAAACACAGACUACAGGCCACCAGAUGAUGCUGUGUUUGACAUCAUCACAGAUGAGGAAUUAUGCCAGAUACAGGAGUCUGGCUCCUCCUUGCCUGAAACACCCACAGAAACUGAUUCUCUUGACCCAAAUGUGGCCGAACAGGACACCACGUCAAACUCAUUAACUCCUGAGGACACCGAAGACAUGCCUGUGGGGCAGGAUGCAGAAAUCUGCUUGUUGAAGUCUGGAGAACUGAUGAUCAAAUUACCCCUCACAGUGGAAGAGAUCGCCAACUUUGGGGAGGGCAACAGGGAGCUGUUUGUGAGGUCCAGCACCUACAGUCUGAUCCCUAUCACCGUGGCCGAGGCAGGCCUCACCAUCAGCUGGGUCUUCUCCUCCGACCCCAAGAGCAUCUCCUUCAGUGUGGUCUUCAAGGAGGCUGAGAACACGCCGCUGGAUCAGUGCAAGGUUCUCAUUCCCACGACCCGGUGUAAUUCCCACAAGGAGAACAUCCAGGGCCAGCUCAAAGUCCGCACACCAGGCAUCUACAUGCUCAUCUUCGACAACACCUUCUCAAGGUUUGUCUCGAAAAAAGUGUUUUAUCACUUGACGGUUGACAGGCCUGUGAUCUACGAUGGAAGCGAUUUCCCGUAGCCUCACGCACCUGGAUUUUAGUAGCUUCACGUCACCCAUAGGAAACACUACUCUUCUUCACCUGUCACAUAAAGGACUU